AUGUACAGCACUGUAUUAAAUCAAUGUAUUGUGCCUUUUCAGGCCCCGAACGUUCCCGUUGCUCAGCCGCUUCCCACAGAUGCUAUCGAUGGCGAAAAUGUAGUUGUAGAGGAAGAAAUUGCACAAGAAGGCAUUGAGGUCACCGAGGGACCGCUUGAACCUACACCGCCAGUAGAACCUCCUCAGCCACCACCUCAGCCACCACCUCAGCCACCUCCACAGUUCCAGCCACCUCCACAGUUCCAGCCACCUCCACAAUUCCAGCCACCUCCAUUCCAACCUCCUCCUCAGCAGUUCGUAGCUGAGCCCAUCUACUUCCCACAGCCUGCUCCUGCCGCAGUAGCAGCUCCGGUUGCCGCCGGCGGUGGUGGUGGUGGCGGCGGUGGCUAUUACUGCUUUACUGGUGACACCAAGGUUCGCGUUAUUACUGGCGAAGAGAAACGGCUCGAUGAAUUGAAGGUGAACGAUUGGGUUCAAACCUUAAAGGGCGCUGAGGUAAAAUACGCGCCAGUUUCGUUCUGGCUUCAUAGAGUACCGUCACAGAAGGCAGAGUUCAUCAGGCUAGAGUUAUCCGACGGAACUAUACUGAAACUUACCGCAAAGCAUUUCAUCUACAAAACUCAAUGUGCAGUCGAGGGGCAGCAGAUCACUACUGACGAACUGUCACGGGAAGCUGUGCUCGCCGAGAAGGUCGCCGAAGGGGACUGUUUGUAUCAGGUCGUAGGGGAUGACUAUGUUCGGACAGCUCGAGUGGCAAAAGUGUCAACGGUAACUGAGACUGGAAUUUAUUCACCGAUGACAUCCAAUGGCAAGAUCGUAGUCAACGGUAUCUACUCCUCUUGUCACAACAUCGUUCAGAGCUAUUCACUACAGAACACAUUCUUCAGCUAUGCUGAUAGCCUGAGAAAACUCUAUGCUUCACUCUUCUCAACGCAAACGGAUAUUGCUGAAUUACCUAUGGGAAUGGAUAUUAUUGCAACAAUGCUCGAAUUCGUCAUUCCGAAAGAUCUCGUUACUUUAUAA